AUGUCUAAUGCUGAAAUAAAGCAAGUUAUGCCUUGUUUUUGCAAUUUUCUGUUUCAGGUUUUGUUUUUUAGUAUGAACAGGGGCAACAGUAUGGCCUUGCUUCAGAAGAGAUUGAAUGCUUUCUUCAAGUCCAAUCAGGAACGAAUCCAGCACAGUGACAUAACAAUUGCAAUGGGGAACGAGGCAUGCGACCUCGACUCAUUCAUCAGCUCUCUUGUUGUAGCAUAUGCAGAAGAUGCGAUCCAUGUGGUCAAUAUGAAGAAAGAUGUCUUUAUGGCAAAGGGUGAACUGAUGUGGGUCUGCAGCAAGUUCCACAUAGAUGUCGAUGAUCUGGUGUUUUUUAUAAAGCCUUCAUUACACUUUUCUAAAAGGGCAAGAAAGCUGGGCGCAUACUUUGAGUUUGGAGGCGAGAAGCAUCUGGUAACAGGAAAGAAAAUCAAGCUGCUGCUGACUGACCACUGCAAGCCUGCAGAUGUGUUUGAUGACUGCGAGGUUGAGCUUAUAAUUGACCACCACGCGCUUUCUUCAUAUGUUUCUCCAGCAAAAAGAAUGUACAUCGACCUGGAUGUUGGAUCAGCAACCACGCUGGUUUCUAGAUACCUAGGAGAUGAUCUUACCAAAAAGACACACUGCAGUACCCUUUCGAAACGAUCGAGCAGUGCAGGGAAUGUGGAUCAGGAGACGCUUUGCUCUGCAUUUGCAAGGCUUCUGUUGAUUCCCAUUCUUAUUGACACAGGAUACCUGAAGAGGCGCACAAGCCAUUUCGAUGUCUUUGAAUAUAGGAAGUUGAAGGCGAUGGCUGGCAUAAGCAAGAAGGAGCUAAAGUGCAUAAUCAAGGAGUUGAAAUGUGCAAGACACAAUGACCACGAACACGAAACAAGUCUUAUUCUCCAGAAAGACUUCAAAAUGUUCAACCAUAAGAAGUUUGUCUUUGGAGGAUCUACAGUGAAGUACUCGUUUGAGGACUGGGUGGACCGAGAGGGUAAGGAAAUAUCAGGGGUGCCUCCAAAAGAGAUAGGGAUGGCACUGAUGCUGCAGAUAGAAAGCUUCCGCAAGUCGAUGGGAUUGGACUUCUUCUUUGUUGCAACGAAGAACAAAGGAGUUAGAAGCAUAAUAUUUUCGAGCUUUCCAUUCAUGAAGAGCCUUGUGAGUAGGAACGGAUUGAAAGCUAUGGAUUACAAAGGACUUGAGUACUACAAUGCAAACAAGAAGUUUACCAGAAAGAUACUUGUCCCAGAAGUGAUAGAUGUUAUCGAUAGCUAUGCUCAAGGAAUGUCCAGCAAUCAAUAA